UCGUGGUAUUCGACUUUUUUAAUUUUAAUUUUUUAUAAAAAUGGGACCUAAGAAAGCAAAAGCACGUACCCUUGAUGGAGCAGAUACAACAAAAAUGAAUAGAGAACAAUUAGAAAUAUAUGCACAUAGGGUACUUGAAGAAAUAGAACGCGAACGAGAGGAAAGAAAUUUUUUUCAACUUGAAAGAGAUAAAAUCAGAACUUAUUGGGAAAUCACAAGACAUCAAUUAGAUGAAGCGCAAGCAACUGUCAGAAACAAAGAACGUGAAAAAGAAGAGUUAUCAGAAAAACAUGAAGCAGAGCUUAAAUUAUAUAAACAAAAAGUAAAGCACUUAAUGUAUGAGCAUCAAACUGAUUUGUCAGAAACUAAAGCUGAACACAUGGUUGCUCUUAAAAUGGCACAAGAUGAUUAUACUCUUCAAGAAAACGAAUUAAUUAAAGAUAAAAGAGAAUUAAAAAAAAUGCAAAAAGAACAGGACUUAGCACAUUUAAAUGAAAUAAAAACAUUAAAAUUGAAAUAUGCAGAAGAAAUAGAUAAACUAGUAAAACAAUUUGAAAAUGAAGCUAUAGAACUAGAACAAAAAUAUGAACACAAAUUAACAAGUCAAUAUGAAGCUCUUACUUUAAAACAUCGUAUGGAAAUGACUGAAGUAGAAGAAAGAAAAAAUACACAAAUUACAAAUUUGAUUAAAAACCAUGAAGUUGCAUUUGCAGAAAUGAAAGCUUAUUAUAAUGAUAUUACUCUUAAUAAUCUAUCUUUGAUUAAGAGUAUGAAGGAACAAAUGGAUGAAAUGAGAAAUAAUGAAGAACGCAUGAAAAAACAAGUACGAGAAUUAAUAAUUGAAAAUAAAAAAUAUUCUGGCAAUGUGAAAUCGUAUGAGGAAUCUUUAGCAACUCUUACUGGUCAAUUAGCAAAUUACGAAAAAGAUAAACAAAGUUUGGCUAAUAUUAAAAAAAGAUUAGCAACAACUGCCAAAGAUUUGGAGAAUUUAAGAUGGGAAAAUGAAGUACUAGAAGUACGAUUUGAAAAAUGUCAAUCUGAAAGAAAUGAAUUACAUGCAAGAUUUGUCUCAGCAAUACUUGAACUGCAACAAAAAACAGGAUUAAAAAAUGUUCUUUUGGAAAAGAAACUCGAAAAAUUAUCCGAUUUAUUAGAGCAGCGCGAAGCACAAAUCAGCGAAGUGCUUGCUGCUGCUCAAUUAGAUCCAAUGGCAGUCAUUAAUGCUAAUCAAAAAUUAGAGAAUAUGCUGAAUAAGAAAAAUAACGCAAUACAAGAUCUUCAGUAUGAAUUAGCGAAAGUGUGUAAAGCGCAUGACGAUCUACUUCGAUCGUAUGAAACUAAAUUACAAGAAUAUGGAAUUCCAAAAAGUGAACUUGGUUUUCAGCCAUUGAGAGUAAAAGCAAUUACUACAAAAUUAGGAUUGGGACCUGCUGGUCUUGUUACUUCGAAUCGUUAGUCUUUUAUAACAUUAGGAUUUUAAUGAUACUUUUUAUUUUUGAUCAUAUAAUAUACUUUCACUAUUAAUUAGUGAAAUGUAAAAAUAAUAAAAUCAAAUUAAUAACAAAAAAAUUUUAAAUAAUUUCUGAUGCAGAAUAUUUUUAUUUUGUGAAAUGAAUCAUUUUUAAUGCAUCUGUUUUAUUUUUUUACAAAUUACAUAAAAUUAUCACAGAAUUUACAGAGUAGAUCAUAUUAGUGCCUGAUAGUUGUAUAAAUUCUCUAUUUGAUUGUUUAAUAUUUUUUAAUUAUUUAUUUUAGUUGUAACUUAUAAUGAAUCUUCAUUUUAUAUUUUUUAUAAUUUUUUAACAACU